GUACUGCGGGUGUUCCUCUGGGAGCACAGACGAGGUCACGAUGGUGGAAGCCAAGGUCAUCUACGCCACGAGCCAUGACCCCAACUACCCUCCCGGAGCAAUGAUGGAUGGGCGCCACGAUACGUUUUGGGCAACUGGAGGGAUGUUUCCUCAAGUGUUCGUCGUCACGCUACCUAAUGUGACCUCGGUAGAAAGCGUGACCUUCACAGCUUAUAACAUCCGGAAGGUGAAGCUCUCCCGGAGCAUCAAGACACAACCAACGGACUUCGAAGACGUUUUGGAAAAAGAGUUGAACCACGCUGAGGGGAAGUUACAGAGCACAGUGCUUUCGCCGGAACAGAUCUCAGCCGCACACCUCAGGUUUACCAUUAUGGAAGGUCACGACCAAUUCUGCAGCGUCCACAGGUUCUCCGUCACGGGCUCCCAGAACGCGCCGCCGGCCAACCCGACCGCCGCCCUCCUCCUCAGCACCAAGGAGGAAGCGUCUCCGCCUCCGUCUCGUCUCUCGUCGCAGUCUCCGGAGGAAAGUGAGCCGACGCAGAAACCUCGGGCUCCUGUGCAGGUAAUGCCAAAGGAAGGCCCUGUGACCGUCGUGUCUUCACUUUUCGAGGAGGAAGGAGAUAAAUUCAUUGCAGAAGAUAUAUCAGAAGAUGACAUACAAGAAUUCUGAUGUUCCUCGAGAGUUGUGUAAUUAUUUUUGGCGAUAUUAUAUAUAUACACAUAUAUAUAAGUGUGUGUAUAUGUAUAUAUAUAUUUUUUCUGUGCGCGGAAGUCAUCAGUGUAUCUUAUUAGUCUGUUCACUCAUUUCUUAUAGCUGGUGGCAUAAAAAUGAUUAAAUUCCAGUUGUUUAUUAAUGAGGAGCAUGGUGAAUAUACAGCUAUUUUUUAUUGUAGUUUUGUAAUUUGUAAAUUUGUAUGCAGUCAACUUGGAUGUGGAAUGUUUUACAAAUCUAAGGAAAUAUGAUUUAGCUUAUAUUAUGUAAUAUCCCUAUUUCUACCCCAUAGAUUUGUACCCGCCAUUCUAAUUGCGUUUUGUGUUCACCAAUCCCAAGCGAGCUUUCUGUUCACUGAUACUAACCCAGAAUUGCAUCUACCAAUACCAGUCAAGUUUCAUAUCCACCAAUCCCAGGCAAGCUUUGUGUCCACCAAUCCCAGGCAAGCUUUGUGUCCACCAAUCCCAGGCAAGCUUUGUGUCCACCAAUCCCAGGCAAGCUUUGUGUCCACCAAUCCCAGGCAAGCUUUGUGUCCACCAAGCCCAGGCAAGCUUUGUGUCCACCAAUCCCAGGCAAGCUUUGUGUCCACCAAUCCCAGGCAAGCUUUGUGUCCACCAAUCCCAGGCAAGCUUUGUGUCCACCAAUCCCAGGCAAGCUUUGUGUCCACCAAUCCCAGGCAAGCUUUGUGUCCACCAAUCUCAGGCAAGCUUUGUGUCCACCAAUCCCAGACAAGCUUUGUGUCCACCAAUCCCAAGCAUGCUUCGUGACCACCAAUCCCAGGCAAGCCUUUUGUCCACCAAUCCGAGCUUUAUAUCCACCUAUACUCAUCCAGAUUAUGUCCACCAAUCCUUGUCAAGCUUCGUGCCCACUAGUAACAACCCCAAUUUAUGUCCACAUACCAAGGCGACCGCCAUGUCCACCUAGUUAUCAUACGUGAAUGAACAGAGCAUUUAUACACUGGCAUCGACUCCCGUUCUCUUUGGUGAACUUGUCGGCACCAUCCAGGCCAAACUUGUUUAAUGUUUGAUAAUUUUGAAAACGCUCAUAUAUCACUUUUUUCUGGUCAUCAUCAUCCUUUCUUUAUAAAAUAAGUGAACGAAUAGAUAAACAAGAUUGAAACGAAAAAAGAACAUGAGCUCUAUUCAAACACAGUCGCUUCUUUGCUAAGAGGGACUAUAAAUAACUGAUCGAUGUAUCCAGUAUUCUUAAUUUUAUAUCAUACAAUUCGUUUUCUCUGUCUGGGUCUAUGUGUUUAGGUACAUUAAUGAACUGAUCAAAGUUAGAGAGUGUACAGAAUUUACCAACGCAUUUUGUUGAUUCUAAAUAUAUGUGGUUUGUCGUGAUGGUAUAAUGCAUCACCUGCCUUCUUUUAAAAAGAUCAGUAAGUCAAAGGAAUGUAGGUAUGGAUGUGUGUGUAACCGUCUACUUCUAUAUAUCUUUCUCUAUCUACAGUAUAUAUAUAAUUCACAAUUUUUUGUUAAAUCUCAGAGUAAAAGGCGGGAUCUUUCAUCACUGUACAAAUUAAAGAUAGAUUAACGAUUCAAAUACGGAUAUUGUAUACGACUUCACAUGAUGUUUAGCGGCAGAAGAGGUUGACAUCGUUUCACACACAUCGAUUUUUCUUCGUUUGCCGUGGACGGCAUGAUACCUCCACGGGGGAUGGCGAUGAUCACACAUUUAUUUAUAGGUUUCUUUCAGAUACAUUCGUGAAAAGGGCACGGCAGCCUUUCCAGAGGUUAUAAUUGAAAGUAUGCCGGAUGGGAAAAAAAUCGAUGCAUCUGAAACGGAUUAUAGCAUUGUGUGUGUUUUUAAGAACGAGGAUGAAAAUAAUUAAUGCGUUGGAAAAAAGGGUAUGUUAAUGAUAAAGGCGGCCAAGGACGGGGUUUAUCAUGUCUGACCCAUCUAAAAGUGCUUUUUGAUCCAAUGGUUAUUUAAAAGCAUGGUACCGUCGACGGCGUACGGUGAAAAAUUGAUGCGUCUGAAAUGGGCCUCAGAGGCAUUAUAGACAUUUUAAAAAAUCACUUUGAGUAUGAUAUAACACGUUAUUGA